CUGCUGCUCGGAGCUGCGGCUUUGCGAGGGUUCCGGGACGCGCUUGUUCCGCUCCCAGCUCUUUUCGCUUUCAGCUGGGAUUCGUUUUCGAAAAGAAAUCCUUUCCCUACGGCCCGGCUGUGUGCCGAGCAGCGGCGGAGAUGUGACAGAAUGACGGAGAUUGGAGAAGAGCUCUGAGAUCCCCGCUCGGGCUGUCGGUGCUCCCUUGGGGGGGCUGUUGGGUGCUUUGUAAGGGUGAAGCGGCUCUGGAAGGUCACACAGCCAUCUUCUCCAGGCGGGUGCUGCAGCUUGCUGGUAUCGAGGCCUUUGGGAAUACAGGCUUGAGCUUUCUAGAAGAUGAAGCCCUGGCUGCAGUUGGCGUUCUUUACCAGUGUUUUCUUGGUCUGGCAUGCAGAGGCAGAGUUCUUCACUUCAAUAGGUCAAAUGACGGAUCUGAUUUAUGCAGAGAAGGACUUGGUACAGUCUUUGAAAGAAUACAUCCGAGCAGAAGAGACCAAACUGUCUCAGAUUAAAAGCUGGGCUGAGAAAAUGGAUGUGCUGACGAGCAAAUCCACUUCGGAUCCAGAGGGGUACCUGGCCCACCCUGUGAACGCUUACAAGCUGGUGAAGCGUUUAAAUACUGAUUGGCUGGAAUUAGAAAACCUGGUUCUUCAGGAUACAACAAAUGGCUUUAUCACAAAUCUCACGAUUCAGCGUCAGUUUUUUCCAACUGAAGAAGAUGAGACAGGGGCUGCCAAGGCUCUGAUGCGCCUGCAGGACACAUACAAACUGGACCCUGAAACUCUCUCUCGAGGGAACUUGCCAGGAACAAAAUAUAGGUCGUCUUUGACAGUGAGUGACUGCUUUGGUAUGGGCAAGACUGCUUACAAUGAUGGUGACUACUAUCACACAGUGCUCUGGAUGGAGCAAGCCUUAAAACAGCACGAUGAGGGGGAGGAUACUACAGUCAGCAAAGUGGAGAUCCUGGAUUAUCUCAGCUAUGCUGUCUUCCAGUUUGGGGACUUGCACAGAGCCAUGGAGCUCACAAGGCGCCUGAUAUCCCUCGACAGCACUCAUGAGAGAGCAGGCAGCAAUCUGCGGUACUUUGAGAAGCUGCUGGAGAAGGAGAGAGAGAAGUCCCCAAACAAGACAGUGGCCACAACGGAACCCGUGGUGCAGAGUGGUGCCUAUGAGAGACCUCUUGACUACCUGCCAGAGCGUGAUAUCUAUGAGGCCCUCUGCAGAGGUGAAGGGGUGAAAAUGACGCCUCGGAGGCAGAAAAGGCUGUUCUGUAGGUACCACAAUGGAAACAGAAACCCCCAUCUGCUCAUAGCUCCCUUUAAAGAAGAAGAUGAAUGGGAUAGCCCUCAUAUUGUACGCUACUAUGAUGUCAUGUCUGAUGAGGAAAUUGAGAAAAUUAAACAACUGGCGAAACCAAGGCUGGCACGAGCCACAGUUCGUGAUCCCAAAACCGGUGUCCUUACAGUGGCUAGCUACAGGGUAUCAAAAAGUUCAUGGUUGGAGGAAGAUGAUGAUCCUGUCGUGGCUAAGGUGAAUCAACGAAUGCAGCAGAUCACGGGGCUGACAGUGAAAACAGCUGAGCUGUUGCAGGUUGCUAAUUAUGGAAUGGGAGGGCAGUAUGAGCCACACUUUGAUUUUUCUAGGCGACCCUUUGACAGCACUCUCAAAUCGGAAGGAAAUAGGCUAGCGACGUUUCUUAACUAUAAAGAUGAGCCAGAUGCUUUCAAGCGGUUAGGGACUGGAAAUCGUGUGGCCACUUUUUUAAACUAUAUGAGUGAUGUGGAAGCUGGAGGAGCUACAGUUUUCCCAGAUUUUGGGGCAGCCAUAUGGCCCAAGAAGGGAACAGCAGUGUUUUGGUACAACCUAUUCAGAAGUGGUGAGGGUGAUUAUAGAACAAGGCAUGCAGCUUGUCCAGUGCUAGUAGGGUGUAAAUGGGUUUCAAACAAAUGGUUUCAUGAAAGAGGAAAUGAAUUCUUACGACCUUGUGGGAGAACAGAGGUUGACUGAUAUCCAGCCUGCUGCAGACCUUUGUUUCUUUGUCUCUUUUUCUACUGUUUGUUCUUCCAGUUCAUUUCUAAGAAAUGAUCCAUCUUUGUUUUUUUUCCCCCCGAAAGUCCUGGCACUUGUCACAAAAAGACAAAUGUAACACCUGUGAGUGAAAGUAAAUGGCUUUGUACACA